AUGGCAGACUGCAUAGCUAUCGCCCCAGAGCUCCCAUUCCGCGCUCAGGUGACGGAACUCGCGACCCAUCUUUCGCGAUGCAUGCCUACAUCAGGGGACGCAGCGGCGUCCAAGGAGUUUGUGGCUGGGUAUGAGGCGCAGCUGGGGGAGGAAGGAGAAGAAGUGGAGGAGAGUAAGCGAAAGGAGGUGAUUAGGGGGAUAGCGACCAAGGUUGGGGAGGUUGGAGGUGCGCUCGAGGGGCAGAAGGAGUCGGACGUCGAGAGCUCGCACUUGUUAUUACAAUACGUCCUUUCGACGACGUUCUCGGGGGAAGAAUACGAGCAGGUCAUUCGGACCGUCCUUGAGGGUCUGAAGAAGGGUGUGGAGGUGCAUGGUCAAUCUGGACGGAUCACCCGCUUGGAAGUCGCCGCCAGGAUAUUGAACAACACGUACAACUCCCUUCCCCCCUCGUCGGCUCUCCGGGCCCCAACGCUCCUCACCCUCCUCACCGCCCUUUCAAAAUUCACCGACCUCUCCGCUCUCCCCCUCACCCCCUCCCAGCUGUCGGCAGCGACGGACGAAUGGUCCCUUUCUGCCUCUGAAAAAUCCGCAUUCCUCGUCUCCGCCGCGGACAUUUACCGGUCCACAUCCAACUAUUCUACAGCGUACGAUAUCCUUCUCUUGGCAUUGCGGUAUGAGAGCAAAGGGGAGGUGGCGGACAAGGCGGCGGUCGUGGCUGUUUUGGACGAGAAGCGGUUCAAUGUCGAUGGGCUUUCGGCGAGCUCGGGGCUCAGCGGGGAAGCAAAGGAACUGGUGGGCCUCUUGGGGGAAGAAGACGCCGUCAAGGCUGUCAAGAAGGGAGAGGAGUGGGUCGGCCAACAAUCCGCUUGGAUCCAAGCAAGGGGCGUACCCCAAUUCACCCCCGAAAUCAUCCUCCGUAAACUCCGUCUCCUCUCACUCGCCCAUAUCUGCUCCACAGCCCCCACCCGCUCCUUAUCAUACACCGACAUCUCCUCGGCCCUCUCCAUCCCCUCGUCCGACGUCGAGGCCUGGGUAUUCGACGCGAUCCGGACCGGCCUCAUCAGCGCGCGCAUCUCGCAGCCGGCCCAGACGGUCCGGAUCAUCAGUGUCUCGUCAGCGGCAGACAGGGCGUUUGGGAAGAGUCAGUGGGAAUUGCUGGAGAAGCGGUUGGGGGAGUGGAAGGUUGCGGUCAGCGGUGCGAGGGAGGCGGUACGCGAGGCGGAAGAGAUUGCGAGGAGGGGCCCAGAGACGCAGAGACGGUAUAUGCCGGAUGAGCGCAGGGGGGGAAGGCAGGAGGGACAGCAGGGGCAGGGACAGGGGCAGCAGCAGCAGCAGGGGAGGGAUAGGGAGGAGGUGGCUGCGUGA